AUGUCGCUAAAAAGAAAUGAUUAUACAUACAAUAAGCAGCACAACUUCCGGAACUCGGAGCCGGAGGUCAGGCGGUACUGCAUCGACUGCCACCUCCCGAUCUUCUUGACCCCCUACACAAAAUCCACAAACGACGACGGGUACAUGGGAUCCACACACGACACGUGCGUGGACCCCCCAGACACGUUGGCCCCACCGCUAUUGCAUCCUGGGGGUUCCCUCGUCAUCAAUCGAAAAAGGCAUCGUUGGCGGAGGGAUGCUCCCAUGUGCAGCAGGUGCGGGUGGGAGUGUGGGGACACCUUGUACGAGUGCCCGGACGUUGAUGGUUGUGGGUUCAGGCUCGACUCGGUGUGCGCUCUCUCGGUCAAGGUGAUGCACAGGAGCCACGAGCACAGGCUGAUGGCUGUGAGAGGGUCGUUCUCCUCUAGCUGGUGCAGUGCGUGCGGGUCCCAGCACGGUGGCGGCCGCGCGGUGGGGUCAUUGCACUGGGACCAGUUCUAUGUGUGCGCCGAAUGCGACUUCUGGCUUCAUCCCGACUGUGCCGAGCUGCCCAAUGCCGUCAAAGGCGGGGGCGCUUUACAAGCAUCCACUUAUGUUGCUUUAUGUAAGGGGGUGUUUCAAUGCAAUAUUUGCAGCGACAUUGAGGAGAAGAAGGAUGAGUUCAAUGGUUUUGGGUUUUAUGUUUGCUUCAAUUGUGAUUACUAUACUCAUGUCAAGUGUGCCAAGGCUAAGAGUCCCCAUGGACUCAGGAAAGAGUAUAUCUUUGAUGGUGUCAUUCCCAACUCGAUUCGCCUUCCAAUGAAAGAUGACCACGUGAGCGUGAUGCCACUUUUGAUGGAGGCCCUUGACAUUACAAAUGACAGUCGCUCUACUAGUACAAGUACCGGCAGUGAUGUGGGUGGUCAUACUAUCGAUCUUGCUACUACUGGUUAUGAUCAUGAGAGAGUAGUAGUAGACGAGCAUGUUUUGAUCCUUCAUGAUGGUUAUCAUUAUGAUACUUAUGUCGAGCGUGUAUGCAAUGCUUGUGUUCAACCCAUCUCUCCAUCCAAUUCAUUUUAUAGUUGUGUUGAUCAUAACGAAACAUCAUCAGAAAAUGGCAGCCCAUGCAAAGAUUUCUUUCUCCACAACUGUUGCGCGUAUCUUCCCGCGGCACUUAACUUCCCUCGAAAGAGACAUAAAACACUCACCCUCUUAACCUGCAAGGCAGACGGCGAAAAGAAGACUCCCUUCAAUUUGUUUAAAUGUGACGGCUGCCAGUACACGUGCAAUGGAUUCGCCUACUUAUCACAGACGGACGAUGGCACUUCUCUUGUUAUGGACGUCGUGUGCGCCAUCAUGCCCACCUCGAUUAUGCACCGAUCCCACGGUGUAUUGGAAUUAAAACCCGACACUAGCUAUGCAUGCAACAACUGCCGUAAUUUCGGGAUACACUUAGCUUGCGCCCUCAUUCCGGAACAAGUAAUCUACAGCAAGUUUGAUGCCCACCCGCUUUUCCAUUGGUGUAAUCUCGAAAAGGAACAGUCGAUACUUUGCGAGGUAUGUGAAAAUAGCAUACCAAGUGACGAGUGGCACUACAAUUGCUACAAAUGUCAACAGUCAUUGCACUUUAACUGCACCCCAUUUGUCGAUCGACUCUCCAAGAUCAAGUUUGGGUUUACUAUCCGUGUACGAGGCCAUUCGUGUUCCGUUGCUUGUGUACGCGUGCUUUCGAUUUAUUGCUACCCGUGUGGCCAUUGCGGGAAGACCAUAAAGGAACACAAAGACGAAAUUGCUUUUGAGUGCCCCAAGUGUUAUUUUAGGAUCCACAAAGAAUGUUGUGUAGAAACACUCUUGUCAGAUAAGGUUGAGUGGAAAGGGGUUGAAUAA